CGGAAGCACCGGUCACGGAGAGUCGUCCAUCGGCCCAGGUCGAUGCCGAUGCUUAUUUAAGUCACGGCAGAGCCUUCAGCAUCGACUCGCUCGCUCAUUCUCCUACGCCCGAUUCGAUAGCGCUAUCUUUGGUUCAGGGCUCGUGGUGGCCUGCAUGGAUUCCCAACCCCGUUCACACACGAUGCCGCGGAAGAAACCUAGAGUGUUCUUAAGAAUGACUGUCCAUGAUCAGCGGCUUGAAAGCAGCUUGAGGUCGUGGGCGAAUGCAGCAGCUCGACGAGGACUGAGGAUUCCGGAUGCACAUUCGCGUCUGCUUCACGAGCUCGCUCGUGACGCCCACGAAAUGAUGGACCCGAGAAUUUGGAGCCAGCUGCCGGAAAAUUUGCUGGUCUGCGUGCUGGUGAUCCUGCCGGCGAAAUCUCUCUUUCGUUUCCGCGCAGUGUGUAAAGGAUGGGACGCUCUGAUCUUCUCCAAUCGGUUCCAAACUACUCGUUCGCAAGUGCACAUCCGCGAGCCUUACUUCGAGUUCAUAAAUUUGAUCUACUGUCGGAGUCCCCAGCAGCUCUCGAGCUACAACCCCGUGGCCAAUAAAUUUCGCAGAAUGUCACUACGCUUCCUCCCGCCUUGCCCAAACAGUCCAAUCGCUUCGUCCGGCGGGCUGCUCUGCUGCUCUGUGCCACGUGAGUUCGGGUCUGGCUUCUGGAUGAUAGUCUGCAAUCCCAUGACGGAAAGCUGGAGGGCGUUACCAGCGAGGCCCAUGAAUGAGAGGCCACUGCUGGUCAGCAUUGUUGCCGAGAGUCGCCCGCCCCGAUAUUCAGUCAUUAUGGCCGGCCAUUAUUCGACCGAAAUCUUCGACUCCACAACUCUCUCGUGGCGUUCAGCAGGCAGGUUACCUCGAGAUACUAAGUUGCAUCCUCAAAUUGCCCACUGUGCUGGCAGCUUGUUCUGUCUGACUCGAGAUGCCUGGCCUAUGGCAAUUCUCCAAUUCGACCUGUAUUCGGGGGUGUGGAGGGCGGUGGAAACGGGUCGACUGCCUGGGCAGUGGCAGUGUCGCACCUUGGUCGCAUGCAAAGGCUCCCUUUUCAUCGUUGCGAAAUCAUCGAAAAACAAUCGGAUGACUGUGUGUAUCUGGACACUCGACCAAGCCACCAGAAAGUGGAAAGAGAUUGCAGCGAUGCCUCCAUCGAUGUCAGAGCGAUUUUUCAAAAAGCGCAGUCAUUUUAUUAGCUCCACGGGUCAUGGAAACCUCAUCUUCCUCACUCGAGACAAUUGCGAGAAAGGUGCUUUGUACAAUAUUGACAGAGAUGCAUGGAAAUCCGUUCAUAGGUGCCAAGAUCUCACAUUCCCCCACCUCUCAGAAUUUCAGCCAAUGCUGGACGUCUUCGAGCCUAGUUUUGCUACCGCUUGAUUCGUUUCUGGAGCGGAUCGGUGGCAGUACAUCUACAUAUAGACCUGUGUUUGGUAAUUCAAACUAUAGAAACAGGUAGAUUUUUCAAUAUGACAGGAGAGUUCAGAGUUUUCAUUAAUUGAUUCCAUCAGACAGAAUGCCAACACAAUUCUCAAGGGUGCUGAGACAAUCAAUUCAUUUCAGAACCCUUUUCAAUUUGGUGUUCUUCGAUAUAUAAAUAUGUAUAUAAAAGGUUGCAUCAACUCCUUUACUCUUUAGCUAUAUAAUCAAGACGGUCAUAGAGA